GACCGCCGUCCGUACUGCUCACGAGACCGGUGUCAAGCAUGGCGUCCGCGAUCUCACCAAUGCACACUGACAACCUUAGCCAGAUCUUUCAAGGGCUUCGUAGUCCCACGCAUGAAACGAGACUUCAAGCCGCGAUCGACCUCCGUCGUUAUGUGGUUACAACUGUGGUAGAAAUGCCUAGCGAUGCUGCAGUCAAACUUUGGGAUGAUGACAUCAACAAACGCCUGUUCGACCUGAUGCACAGCCAAAAUAACAAUGAGAGGCUCGGCGGCUUACUAGCAAUCGAUCAUUUACUGGAGAAUGAUGGCGAAGACCUCGUUGGAUCCAAGAGGUACCUCUACAGAUUCUACAACUACGUCAAGCAGUUAUUGCCGAACCACGACAUGAAUAUCAUGCUAGCAGCGUCCAAGACGCUGGGCCACAUUGCAGCCAUUGGUGGUGCGGAUUUCGGAGAAGGUUUCAUGGAUGCAGAGGUGCCAGCCGCAGUGGACAUGCUGCAAGGACAAGAACUGCCUCGCUAUGCCGGUGUCCUUAUUCUGAAGGAAUUGGCACGGAACAGUGCCGCCUAUUUUCAUCCUCAUAUCAGUCUUGUCUUCGACAAGAUUCUCAUUCCAUUGCGUGACCCUCGAGUAUUUGUCAGGGAGGGUGCUGCUGAACUUCUGGCAGCUUGUUUAGAGAUCGUAACGACCAGAGAACGCCAGACACGGACCAUGUACCUGAUGAAAAUCUUACAAGAUGCACAACUUGGUUUGAAAAUGUUACAACCAGAGGUCAUACAUGGUUCGCUACUCAUGUAUCGCGAGCUUUUGCUGCGUGGAGAUAUCUUCAUGCGAGAAGCGUUUUUAGAUACCGCAGAACAGAUCCUUCGAUUCAAAUCACAUAGAGAUAACCUAGUUCGCAAGACAGUCAUUACACUCAUUCCCACUCUUGCAGCAUAUGACACACAGACGUUCAUCGAACAUUAUCUUCACAAGUCCAUGGGCCACCUCCUCACACAACUCGAAAAACCCAAUGAACGAUACUUCGCCUUCAUCGCCAUCGGGCAUACUGCAACCAACGUGGGGAGUGAUAUGAAACCUUUUCUGGACUCUAUUAUGAUUCAAAUCAAACAAGGUCUUCAACAGAGAGGGAAGAAGAAUGCACCGUCUGAGGAACCCAUCUUCCAAUGUGUUGGAAUGUUAGCCUCUGCCGUAGGUCCGAACCUCACCAAGCUUCUUCACGAUCAGUUGGACCUUUUCUUUGCAUGUGGGCUGAGUGAGCCGCUACGACAAGCGCUGACUGACAUCGCACGCAAUAUCCCACCGCUACUUAAAACCAUUCAAGAGCGCUUGUUGGACCUGUUGUCGAUGGUAUUGUGCGGGCAGCCUUACAAAGUAAUAGGUGCACCACCCUCUUUGGUCAGAGGUGAUGUUGCAUCCUACGCUCGCGAGUUUAGCGCAUCUCAGGCUGCGAAAACUGGGAGGAACUCUGAACUUAUCACGCUAGCGCUUUCCACGCUGGGUUCCUUUGAUUUCUCUGGUCACGUUUUGAAUGAGUUUGUUCGAGGCGCAGCUCUGCCAUAUCUCGAUGACGACAACCCUGAAGUUCGUCGCGCCGCCGCAAUGGCAUGCUGCAGGGUCUUCGUGAAAGAUCCCAUAUGCUACCAAGCCAGCAGUCAUGCUAUUGAGAUCAUCAGCGAUGUCCUCGACAAGUUACUGACAGUCGGGAUUGCUGAUCCUGAACCCAGUAUUCGACUAACAGUACUCUCGUCUCUGCAUGAACGAUUUGAUAAGCAUCUAGCACAAGCCGAGAAUGUGCGAUCCAUUUUCAUUGCACUCAAUGACGAGGUUUUCGAGAACCGGGUCACUGCGGUCGGGUUGAUUGGACGACUUGCGAAGCAUAACCCUGCGUAUGUUAUGCCAUCGUUGCGCAAGUCAUUGAUACAACUUCUUACUGAACUGGAGUACUCGACGGUCACGCGCAAUCGCGAGGAAUGUACCCGCUUACUCACCUUAUUAGUGAGUGCCACGCAGAGGCUAAUCAAACCAUAUGCGUUGCCAAUCCUUCGGGUCUUACUUGGAAAAGCGAACGAUACCAACCCGACCGUUGCUGCCAACGUGCUCAUGUGCCUGGGGGAGCUUACCGCUGUCGGAGGGGAGGCUGUGACACCGCACAUACCGGAUCUGAUGCAAGUCAUAAUUGCGAAGUUACAGGAUCCGGCACACGUCAAACGAGAUGCCGCCCUCCGUACACUUGGUCAACUAUGCUCUAGUACCGGAUACGUGAUUGCGCCGCUGGUUGAAUACCCGCAGCUGUUGCCGAUCUUGCAUAGGAUCCUACGAACCGAAUCUGGCACAUCUCGGCGUGAAGUAGUGAGGGAAGUAGUGAAGGUUUUGGGUAUUCUUGGAGCUCUCGACCCUUACAGACGCAAGACUAAGCCCGACGAGGAUCCGACUGCGGAGGGGACGCUGCCGGCCAAUUCCACAGCUGUUUUGAGCACUACGUCAUCGACUGGUUCUGAUGACUACUAUCAGACUGUCGUGAUAACUGCGCUACUUGCUGUUCUCCACGAUCAAUCUAUGAGCAGCCAUCAUCACAGCGUUAUCGAGGCUAUCAUGAACAUCUUCAAGACCCAAGGACUACGAUGCGUAACUUUCUUACCUCAGAUAAUCCCUGCUUUUGCCACAGUUGCGCGCACCUCUGCAGCGCGACUGCAGGAGUUCCAUUUGCAACAACUUGCAAUUCUGGUGGGGAUCAUAAAGCAGCACAUCCGUAAUUACAUGCCGGGAGUGUUUGGGCUUGUAACGGAACUUUGGGAAAAUGCCUCUCUGCAACUACCGAUCGUUUCCCUUGUCGAAGCCCUCGGGAAGGCGUUGGAUGCCGAGUUCAAACCAUUCCUGCCCACCAUCUUACCGCACCUGCUCAAGGUAUUUGAAGGGGAGCUUACGGAUAAACGUAUGAACACGCAGAUAAAGAUCUUUGACGCGUUCCUGACCUUUGGCUCGAAUAUUGAGGAGUAUUUACACCUCAUUAUCCCAGUCAUCGUGAAAACUGCCGAGAGGGUCGAGGCAUCUACGAUCUUGCGGAAGCGUGCCAUACAGAGCAUAGCGCACUUGUCUCAACGUGUUAAUUUUUCUGAUCAUGCAUCGCGCAUUAUCCAUCCACUGGUCAGGGUUCUCGAUGUACCAAAUAACGAGCUCCGCCAGGCAGUGAUGGACACGCUUUGUGCGAUUGUUGUUCAACUUGGUUCAGACUUUGCUGUUUUUGUUCCCAUGAUCAACAAAUGCUUACACCGAAAUCGUAUUCAUCACCCUCGGUAUGAGAACCUUAUCGGGAAACUACUCAAUGGCGAGCGUCUACCGCAGGAGUCCGGUAUCCAUGAGAUGCUGGAAAGCUCCAAAGCUGCUGAGAUAUCAGCGGUGGCUGAGCCAGCAAAAUUGACCGUGAAUCAGCAACAUUUAAAACAAGCAUGGGACGUGUCCUUAGUCGCCACAAAAGACGACUGGGUGGACUGGAUGCAUCGCCUGUCUGUCGAAUUCAUGAAAGAGUCGCCCUCACAUGCCCUUAGAGCGUGCAUGAGCCUAGUUGACAUUCACCCACCACUCGCCAAAGAACUCUUCAAUGCUGCGUUUAUAUCCUGCUGGACGGAGCUAUACGAUCAAUACCAGGAAGGCUUGGUUCGCUCAAUUGAACAGGCGAUCACUUCUCCGUCUGCUCCAUCUGACCUUAUCCAUCGUCUUCUCAGUCUUGCUGAGUUUAUGGAACAUGAAGAGAAGCCUCUUCCCAUUGAGCAUCGAACCCUCGGCGAGUAUGCCAUGCGAUUCCACGCUUACGCAAAGGCUCUUCAUUACAAAGAGCUCGAGUUCUUCACAGAAACAUCGCCGAACAUCAUCGAAGCCCUCAUUGGUAUUAACACCAAAUUGCAACAACAUGAUGCCGCAUGGGGAACGCUAACCAUUGCUCGGGAACAGUAUGAUGUCAGUAAACACGAAGAGUGGUACGAAAGACUUGGGAAAUGGCAAGAAGCCUUGGUCGCAUAUGAGAAGAAAAUAACAGUCGACCCCGAUUCCCCGGAUGUGCAGAUUGGGAGAAUGAAAUGCUUGCACGCGCUGGGCGAGUGGGAGCAACUCGAGCAGCAGGUCCUAGAACCGUGGGCAAGUGCUAACCAUGAAGAGCGCCGUGAAAUCGCUCCGAUGGCUGCCGCCGCCGCCUGGGCAUUACACGACUGGGAAGCCAUGGAUGAUUACAUCGGGGGCAUGAGGAACGACUCUCCUGAUCGUGCUUUCUACAAAGCUAUUCUUUCUGUCCAUCAGAAUCAGUUCCCAAAGGCUCUCAAGGAAAUCGGAAAAGCUCGGGACUUACUUGAGCCAGAACUAACGUCCUUUGUAGGAGAAGGUUAUGGUCGAUCGUAUAAUACGUUGGUUCGCGCCCAAAUGUUGUCUGAACUUGAGGAGAUUAUUAUGUUCAAGCAAUAUGCCGACCAACCAGAACGCCAGCAGGCAAUGCGCAAAACAUGGAUGAAGAGACUUCAGGGUUGUCAGCCAGAGGUAGAAACCUGGCAACGCAUAUUGCAAGUUAGAGCGUUAGUUCUCAACCCUGAAGAUGACCCGGUCAUGUGGAUCAAAUUUGCAAACCUCUGCCGCAAGUCAGAUCGCAUGGCUUUGGCUGAGAAAACAAUCAAUUCGUUGUUGUCACCAGAAAGACUUCAGCACGUACGGGAUGAUCAACACAUGAAAGCGCCACCGAACGUCGUUUACGCACAUUUGAAAUAUAUGUGGGCUAGCGGCUCCCGGGAGGAGAGCCUGAGCUUCCUCCGCCAGUUCUCUGGAAACCUCGCGAGGGACUUGCAGACAGAGAAUAAGGAACACUCUCAGCGUACCAGUGUCGGCAAACAGAAACUGGAAGAGCUUUCGCGCUUGCUGGCACGCUGUUAUUUCAAACAGGGGCAGUGGCAAGUCGAGCUAAAAGAAGACUGGGGUGCUCGCAACGUCAAGGAUAUUCUUCACUCCUACUUGCUGGCUACUCAUUACGAUCCCAACUGGUAUAAGGCCUGGCAUACGUGGGCGCUUGCAAACUUCGAAGUCGUCGGCUAUCUCGAGAGCCAAAAGGAGAGUGUCGUUACCGAUGUUCCUGGUAGUGGCCUCGCAGCACACACAGUACAGGCCGUACGAGGUUUCUUCCGGUCCAUUGCGUUGCGUAACGAGAACGCUUUACAAGAUACUUUGCGGUUGUUGACCCUGUGGUUCAAGUAUGGUGCCCACGACGAGGUUAGCCAAGCUAUGGCCGAAGGCUUCUCUGCGGUAGAAGUUGACACGUGGCUGGAAGUCAUCCCACAAAUCAUCGCUCGAAUCCAAACGCCCAUCGCGAACGUGCGCCGCAAUAUCAAUAACUUGUUGACCGAAGUCGGAAAGCACCAUCCUCAAGCUCUAAUAUAUCCUCUCACCGUAGCUUCAAAAUCGUCCAGCGCUACCCGACGAAAUGCUGCUCUACUUAUAAUGGAUAAGAUGAAGGAGCAUAGUGCUAUCAUCGUCGAGCAGGCCCUUUUGGUCAGUCAGGAACUUAUUCGUGUCGCAAUUUUGUGGCACGAGAUGUGGCAUGAAGGGCUCGAAGAAGCUUCAAGGUUAUUCUUCAACGAUAAGAACCCAGAAGGAAUGAUCGCUACGCUAGAGCCCUUACACGAGCUGCUGGAACGGGCGCGCGAGAUAUCUUUUAUUCAAACUUUUGGAAGAGACCUCAGGGAGGCGCGCGAUGCUUGCCGGCGCUACCGAGAGUGUGGUGAAAUGACUGAGCUCAACAAAGCUUGGGAUAUCUAUUAUGGAGUAUUCCGGAAGGUGGAGAAACAACUACCUCAGCUUACUACCCUUGACCUGCAAUACGUUUCGCCUCAACUCCUCAAAGCAAGGAACCUAGAAUUAGCAAUGCCAGGAACAUAUCAAAGUGGUCGACCUGUGAUCAAAAUUGCCAGCUUCGCAACGAAACUUACUGUGAUAGCAUCGAAGCAACGACCAAGACGAUUAUCACUGAAAGGCGACGACGGCAAAGAUUACAUGUAUUGUCUCAAAGGUCACGAGGAUAUGCGUCAAGACGAGCGUGUCAUGCAACUGUUCAGCCUCGUCAACACAUUGCUUUCAGUGGACACCGACAGCUUUAAGAGACGCUUGCAUAUUCAACGAUAUGCUGUGAUCCCAUUGGCACCUAAUGCCGGCCUCAUGGAAUGGGUUAAAGAUAGCGACACCCUUCAUGUGCUUGUUCGCGAUUACCGCGAUUCUCGUAAGGUGUUGCUCAACAUCGAAUACCGGUUGAUGUUACAGAUGGCUCCCGACUACGAGAAUUUGACAUUACUCCAGAAAGUUGAGGUGUUUGAAUAUGCUCUGGAAAACACCACCGGUCAAGACUUGUAUCGAGUUCUCUGGCUGAAAAGCGCAAAUUCGGAACACUGGCUCGAACGUCGUGCAACCUAUACUCGUUCACUAGCUGUCAAUAGCAUGGUCGGCCACAUCCUGGGUUUGGGAGACCGCCAUCCAUCCAAUCUACUUCUCGAAAGAAGCACCGGCAAAAUCGUUCACAUUGAUUUCGGUGAUUGCUUUGAGGUCGCCAUGCAUAGAGAAAAAUUCCCUGAAAAGAUUCCUUUCCGACUCACGAGAAUGCUUACGCACGCCAUGGAGAUCAGUGGCAUCGAAGGCAGCUUUAGGCACACUUGCGAAAUUACCAUGUCAGUACUUCGGGAUAACAAGGAGUCUCUUAUGGCCGUGCUUGAGGCCUUCGUUUACGACCCACUCAUCAAUUGGAGGCUUAUGCAGGCUGAUGUUGAUACAAGGAGACAUGAUGACAUUGAUGUUGAUCCUGGGCGGGCCGCAGAGCUUGCAAGAGUUGCAGCGUACCCACAAGUACCAACCAGAAGGUUACGUGCAGACGAAAAUGACAUCUUUAACGAAGCCGUAGACGGGCCAUUUGCAAGACAAGAGGUCAGAAACGAGCGUGCUUUGGCUGUGUACAACCGUGUGCAGCAUAAACUUACUGGAAGGGAUUUUGAUCCCAACGUGGUGCUUUCGGUACCGGUCCAAGUUGAUAAACUCAUCUUACAGGCAACAUCUUUGGAAAAUCUCUGCCAGUGUUUUUCUGGAUGGUGUGCGUUCUGGUGAAAUCUGUUUCGUUGCACAAUAUCAUCAUUGUAUAAUGCUAUGGUGGCAGACGUGUACAAUACAUAUAACUUAGCUCUGCACUCAAUGAGAUAAAUU